CGCGGGAACUUACCGAGCUUUUUGCUUCUUGGCCAUUAUUUUUUUAUCUAAAAUUCUUAAAAGUUGACAAAAAUUAAAAAAAGGAACCAAUUGAUAAAAGAAUUUGCAAAAAGCUGUUUGGUGGAGGAAUGAUGCGCGAGGUACGAGGUCAGAAACGAGAACCACUUUGAGGCAAGGUGAAAUACGCAGUACAAAUACGAAUGACUUCAAUAAAAGAAACAUAAGAAAAAGACAGAAAUUUUUCUCUAUUUUAUUUUGGAACGAACACCUUGUGUCUAUACCUAUGCACCUUACAUUAUCUAGGUUAGAUUCAUUACUGAAAGAACGAGAUUGACAGCCCGUUUUCUUGUUUUCAAAAGCUUUGAACGAGCAAAAGUUGACUUUUAUCUAGUAUUAGACUUAUCGUCAAUUGCAUAAUUAAUUUUUGACUUACCUCGGUGUUUCUAUUCCAAAUGAAUUUUUUUUUCUAACGAAACAUCCAAACUCACGAGGAAAGAAGAAGCGAGAAAUGAAAAGCUAAAAAUAUAACAAAUAAUUUUUCUGUUUUACUCACUUAAUUCUCAUCACGGAUCUCCCUUCCCAGAAAUACCAGGCAUUUUAUGUUGCAACUUUUCAGCAGUCAUCCGUCAAUUCACAAACUUGACUGCAGAGCUCCUCCUUCUCGUGUGGAACCUUUCUUUAUUUAAAAGGAAACAAUCUUUUUAUCUCUGUAUUCAUUAUGGUAUUAAGAUUCUGGAAGUUUUCAUGCUCCUUUCCAAGACCUAGGUAAUAUUAUUUCAGAAGCAUCCGAUGCAGCAAGUAAAACGCACUAUUACAUUACAUUUAUGGAGAUACUUUUUUCGGUUUUAUUCCUGUAACCAUUUACGUCCUGCGUUGCUAGAGCUUCCCAUUAGAACCAUGAUGAAAUUCAGAGCACUAUGAUUAUAUCUUUAUACUGAGAUGUAUUUGUCUCUGCAUUGCAAGCUCUCUUGGUGCUUAAUUUUGAAAAAUCUUUUAUAAUUCCUGUUGUUUUUCUUUUCUUGUUUUAUUUUCAGACUGAUAAACUUCAUCAUAUCUAAUAUUUGUUUCAUCCUCCUUGAGAGUUUCAAAUUUCUAUAACAUGUUGUUUAUAAACAGCUUCUAUAUUCCUUCAGGAGCUGUCAAUGUCGUUUUGCAAAAAAAAAAAAAAAAAAUGCAGCAUGCGAAAUACAUGCUGCGUCAGGACCAAAGGAUUACAAGUGGCUUCUACUUCAUUGGAGGCAAUUAAAUAUGCAUAUAUCCUACUUUGUAACGUUAUUUAAUCUUUUUUUUUAUUUCAAGCAAGAUAGGACUUUUCACCUUCGUGAGAGUACCCAUGCAUAUGUAGAAUGGGCGGAAUUUGUUUGACCCAGGAAAAAGGUCAGUAUUUUACAAAUGUUGGGUCUUAAAAAUCUUUAUUUUUCUAUACUAUUCUCCAUUUUUUCAUACCGUUUUUUUCGUUUCUGCGCUUUUUUUCAUUUGUUUACAUUGAUUAUUUCGUCAGUCGCUUCUUGUACCAAAAAACAGUCACUGAUGUCAUUACGGACAAACUAGUUAUCUGAUUGUACUUUAAGUUACAUAAAACCGUCACAUAUCAUCAGAUAACUAGCAAGUGGAACCCUGCGAGGCUUUAUUUAUAUAGAUCACACUCCCAUCUCCAUCGAAACGGAUUAAAAGGCUACAAGGCUCAUUUAUCAGAUCAAACACUCCUUUGGUGUGAGCUAUUGUGUCUUGGGAACAUUGUUAAUGAUUUUGUUUCUUUCUUGUUCUAUUUUUUUUUUUUUUUUUUUUACGAUAAGUUUUUACUACAAAUAAAAACCGCUCUUGUUCCAGGUAUAAGCCUGAGUCCAUCCUUAAAACUCCCCUUUUCAUCGUUUGUUCUAUUUAGAGCUAGUAAUUCCUAAUACGGACCCUUAAACAUUGUCAUUUCUAGUUACUUUAUAAUGCGCUUGCGUCAAAUUCAAUUCCCUUCUUUAUUUGAGAAGCGGUCAACCGACAAAACAUCUCCAGAGGAUCAAUUAGAGAAAAACAUUCAUGAGGAAAGUAUUCAACAAAUUGAUGAUUUCGAUACCCAUUCUGGCGAGAAGGAUGAAAAAGUUCAACCCUUCGACGUCUCCACAACGCCUUCUUCCGCUAUUAAUGAACUUGCUGGUAUUGCCAAAUCGCAUUACCUCAAUCAACAUUGGACUCCUUUCUCCUAUUACUUUUCCUAUGUCUCCGUAUUCCUUAUGUUCCUUGUCCUCAGUUUUCAAUCUAUAGCUUAUUCUAGUUUGAGUUCUUAUGCUACAUCAGCAUUCGAGGGUCAUUCUUUACUCGGCACCAUCGGUACAGCCAACAAUAUUAUCAGUGCCGUUAUCAAACCUCCUUUGGCUCGGAUAUCCGACGUUUUUGGUCGUUUGGAAGCUUUCUGUUUUGCCCUUCUUCUCUAUAUUGUCGGCCUCAUCCUUAUUGCUACAUCCAAAAACGUUCAGACAUAUGCUGGCGGCAGUGUACUCUACAAUGCUGGUUACACAGGACUCGAACUUAUUAUGACUAUUUUUUUUGCUGAUUCAUCCAGUACAGCUAACCGUUCUCUCGUAAUUGGUAUCUCCUAUUUUCCUUUCGUAGUCACGGUGUGGACUGGUCCUAAAAUUUCUCCAUCCUUUGAGAACAAUUGGAGAUGGGGAAUUGCCAUGUGGUGUAUCAUUCUUCCGGUAUGUGCUCUUCCAUUCAUCAUUUCUUACGCUUAUUAUCAAUACAAAGGCUGGAGAGAAGGUGCUUUUAAGAAUACGUUGACUAUGAAUGUUGUCACUCUUUUCAAGAAGCUUGAUAUUAUCGGUCUUAUUCUACUGACUGCCGGAUUUUCUCUCGUAUUACUCACAAUCUCUGUAGCCAGCUACGAAGGAGAUAAGUGGAAGGAUGCCAAGUUUAUUGUUAUGAUUAUCGUGGGUGGUGUCUGCUCUAUAGCUUUUGUUUUGUAUGAAAUUUAUAUCGCUAGCUUCCCUGCAAUACCCUUUGAGUUAAUGCGUGAACCCACCAUUGCUGCUGCUUGUGCUAUUUCGGCUCUCUUCUAUAUGGCUUUCUACUGUUGGGAUAAUUAUUAUUCAAGUUUCUUGCAAGUUGCUCACUAUACUUCUUUAACAGCUGCUACUUACAUUGCUUAUACAUACUCUAUCACCUCGUGUACUACGGGUAUCAUCCUGGGUAUCAUCAUUCACUUCCACAAGCGUUUCAAGAUCUACUUCCUUCUCGCUGUUCCCGUUUAUAUUCUCGGUCAAGGGUUGAUGAUUCGUUAUCGAGGCGAAAAGUAUAAUUAUGGUUACCUUAUUAUGACUCAGCUCAUUGUCGGCAUCGGUGGUGGUAUUAUUUCCAAUAUUUUAACCGUUAGUGUACAAACUGUGGUAAAGAGAGAACAUUUUGCUAUCGUAACCGCAUUAGUACUAACUAUUACUCCCCUUGGUGGUGCUAUUGGAAGUGCAAUUUCUGGAGCUAUUUGGACCAGCGUAAUGCCCAAACAGCUUCAAAAGCUACUUCCCAAUGAUAUGAAAGACAAGUCAUCUACUAUUUUCAAUAACCUAAAAGAACAACUUAAGUACCCACGUGGUUCCGAGACUAGAGAGGCUUUUAUUACUGCUUAUUGCUAUGUACAGAAGAUUUUGACGAGUGUAGCUACUGGAUUUGCUGGCGCCAUUCUUAUCCCCAUGUGGUUCAUUGCAAAUCCUAGUUUGAAAGCUAACAGUGCUAGUCUUUUUGAAGACGCAAGAACCGGUCUAUACCAGUAAUGUCGGAUUCUUGAGUUGUAUAAUUUCUCACCGUUUUUAAUGUUGUUGCUUUCAUCAAAUUUUGGUCUAGUCAUCUCAGUUCUCUGUUUUAUUCAUUAGUUUCUAUAAUAUUUUACUCCUUUUUAUCAUGUAGAAAGCUGG